AUGGCUAAUAUAGAAACCGACACGGUUGAGGUACCCCCAGGUAUCAUCAGCACCAAUGUUAUCGCGAAUAACCAUAUCGAAGACGAAGAGAGUCCAUUACUCCCGCAAUCUGAUACAGAGCCUAAGCUCAAGACGUUGACAAGUGUUGGGACAAUCAUCGCGGUGCUUUUGCUUGGCGAAUUUAUUUCCAAUGCCGAUGCGACAUUAGUCAUGGCCGCAGCAGGCCGCAUCUCCUCUGAAUUCAAUCGUCUACGCGAUGCUAGUUGGCUCUCAACGGGUUAUACGUUAGGUGUCUGCGCUGCACAGCCAAUGUAUGGAAAAUUGAGCGAUAUCUACGGUCGCAAGCCAAUGCUAUUACUCUCAUAUUUAUUAUUUGCAGUGGGAUGUAUAACGAGUGGCAUCGGUUCCCACAUGUGGGUGGUGAUUUUUGGUCGUGCAACCAGCGGAAUGGGCGGUGCAGGAAUCAUGACCAUCAGCUCUAUUAUCAUCACAGAUAUUGUGCCUAAGCGUGAGGUUGCUACUUGGAGAGCAUAUGUGAAUAUUGCCAUGACACUUGGACGUAGUCUCGGAGGUCCGCUAGGUGGUUGGCUAAGUGAUACUAUCGGAUGGAGAUGGUUGUUCCUCCUACAAGCCCCAUUCCUCGCUCUAGCUGCAGCUCUCGUUAUCGUGAAACUAAAUGUCGGGGGAAAGAAAGACUCCAUCUCUAAGGGUAACAAACUCGCCCAAGUCGAUUUCCUCGGAACAGCUCUCCUAGGCUCAUCUAUUGUCGCGAUGAUCACCCUCCUCGACCAAGGCGGAAAGUCCUUCCCGUGGAGCUCAUGGUGGACUCUUCUCCUAGCAAGCGGAGGAGUAUCACUUCUAAUCGCCUUCGUGCUCGUCGAAGCCUACAUAGCCCGCGAACCAAUAUUCAACCUUCGGAUUCUCCGGCGCACAAACGUCUCAACGGCAUACAUAAUCAGUGCACUACAGAUCACCGCGCAGCUAGGCCUGAUGUUCUCCGUCCCACUAUAUUUCCAAGUAACACAGCGCGCAUCUACGACAGCAGCGGGGAUGCAUCUUAUUCCAGCAGUUAUCGGAAAUACACUCGGUGGACUACUGGCAGGAAUAUUUAUCCAGCGCACAGGACAAUUCAAGAUUCUCCUUGUCAUCGCCGGACUGGUUGCCGGUAUCUCCUACCUCCUCCUAUACCUCCACUGGGAUGGACACAGCGGCUUCUGGGAGUCCCUAUUUAUUCUCCCCGGUGGACUUGGUACGGGAAUUGCAUCAGCAUCAUCAUUUAUCGCCAUGUCAUCUAUGCUACCGGCUGAUGAAAUUGCCAUGGCGACGGCGGGAUAUAUGCUUAUUGCGGGAUUCUCCAUGACGGCUGGUGUGACUACAUCCAAUUCGGUUCUGGGGAUGGAGUUCCAGCGGCAGCUAAGGCUAAAUCUUCACGGGCCUGGGUCUGAAAAGGUUAUUCAACGUGCGAUGGCCGAUACGAAUUAUAUUGCUCACCUCAGUGGCCACCUACGGGAGAUUGUGGUGGCUUGUUACGUCUCCGGGCUUAAGCAUACAUACCUCGUUUCUCUUGGUUGCUCGCUUUUGGCGUCAUUCAGCGGUUUGUUUAUUGCGCGCCAUCAAAUAUAG